GGCCCUUGGUGCCUUACGCAAGGUGCAUGGUGGGCGUUGGUGGAGCUCCAGUAUAAAGAGCCACUCCAGAUCCUCUUCUUCCCCACAGUCUGACUGCAGGACCUUCAAGGCUAAAAAAAAAAUGAGCAGAAACUAUUUGUCCCGAUUUGAUGAGCUUCGCAGGGGAGACUACCUGAUGUCCAACAACGGAGAAUGGAAGGCAGUCUUCAAGGACGAUGGAAACUUUGUCAUCUAUGGCUGGAAGCCUGUGUGGUCCUCAGACACCAGUGGAACUGAUGCGGUCCGCCUGGUCAUGCAGGAAGAUUGUAACCUGGUCAUGUACAACAAAGAGGGUGUCGGUAAAUGGGUCAGCGACACGCAUCGGUCUGGCGAUAACCUUUCCCGGCUUCACCUAGCUGAUGAUGGCAAUUUGCAUCUGUACAAUGGCCCCAACGAAUUGUGGAACUCUACCCAAUCCAAAGGGGUGAAGGCUAGAAACAAUUAAAUGUAAUCUUAAGUCUAGAUCUGAUACCUAAAAAGACUUCAUUUUCAAAGAUGAGGAAAAUUAGAUUCUAUUAAUCUAACCAACACAGUUUUUUGACCUUAUAAUUUCUUGUUUUGUCUUUUACUGUACACCAUAAUGUCAUGGUCAACAAUUGCUGACAAAAUAAUUUAUUUCUUUGUAUAAAUUAGAUUUCUCUGCUUGUAAAUGGCCUUGUUUCUACAUUAUUAAAGUGGAAAUUAUUUUUAAAAAGAGCCGAAGCUUAAAGAGAAUCAGUAUCUCUUAAACAUGUGAAAUGAAUGGCUAUGAAGAAAUUAAAGUUGGUUUAAAACUGUU